AUGUGUGAAACAAUGAAUCUCAACGAUUUACAAGAAACAUCACUAAGUCUUGCUCAAAAAUGGAUUAAAUAUGCCGUAGAUAUAUUGAAUUCUAGUAAAUGUACGCACUAUUUUAUUGAUGAAUUCAAUAUUUUUGAACCAUAUACGCCUGAAACUUUGGAAAAAGCUAAACAAAUUCUUCUUAAUGAAGUAAAACUCGAUGAAAUAAUCGAAACACACAUGUAUACGGCUCAAAAUCAACAACCACUGUUUGAUACAUUCAAAUUAAAUAAACAAAAUUAUAUAAAUGAUCUGAAAGUAAAAGACGUUUUACCUCCGAUCAACGAUUAUCGUACACUGAAAGAAGAUUGGAUUGGUCUAUUCACGGAGAUUAAAAAUCAAGAUAAAGAGUUAAGCGAAGCACUUGAUAUCUUAUCUGUCUUAAGACGGUUUGAUGCGGAAAAAAUGGAAGAUUGGAAAACAUUUCGAGAAUUAUUGUUGAAUAACAAUGACUCUUCCGAAUAUGCUGAACCUAUUUGGAACGACAAUGUUGUACAAAACGAAAAUCCCAUAGUAUUUUGUUCAGUGUUGAGCAUGAUCGGUACAGUCUUACAUUUGAUACAACAGAAUAUCGAUGAUUCAUCAGAUUUUCUUACACAAAAUGUCCAAAAAGAUGAUGUUGAUGUUAAAAAAGAUUCAACAUGCAUUCAUUGUACACGACAUCCAGUAAGAGCAACAAAAACAGUUCAACUUCUCCGAUCAAGUGGAGAUUAUUUACCAUGGCCACAAAUGACAUUUAGCAAAUACCAUUAUGACACAUUCUUACAACGAACACAUUCAAUACUUGCUGGUGAAGAAAAUGUUGUACCAGGCCAGCAAUUACCAUCAGGAGCAACGAAACGCUGUUUAAAAUGUAAAUUACCAUAUAUAUUUUCGUCCAAAGCUGAUGAAGACCGCCAUAUGGUGUGGGUACAUCGGUCAGACGUAUUAUCAAUUAAAAAACGAAAACAUUCAUCGUCUUCGAAAUCAAAGUCUGAAUCAAAACAACGAAAUACUAGAAAACGUGAGCUUUCUCCUGAAUGUUAG